UCGGAGAAUAAAACGAGAAACAGGGACUUUUCACCGCAAUGCAUUACUACUUACACACUUGUUAUUUUUAUUUUUUUGCAGUUACAUUUGCAGUUUUAACCCGUGAUCAGACUCCAGAAGUUGACUUGAUGUCGGGGUGUAGAACGGUUAACGUUUGCGUUAAAUGAGAGGCGAGGCCGCUUACGUUAUCUUUUCAAGGAUUUAAAAACAAUGUUGACAUUGCAUAAAUUAAACACAACUAUUUGUUAAUACUUUGAAAUUGGACCAAACCAAUCAAUGUUUCAGCUUCACAUGUGUCUGUUUUCAUGUUGUUGUAAGCGAACAGGUUGUUUCUUGUUGUAGAUUAUUGUUCAAACCUGCUUUGUUGGGAAUGCAGUCGCAGUCAAACCUCUUGUCUGUACUUGAGAGUAUUCUGUCACAUUCUGUUCACACAAGUACUGUGUGAAAGUAUAAAACUGAGUCUUGAAUUCAAACUGUGUGCAAAUCAUGUCCAGGGCCGGAGAUGGACGUUGUAAGAAUUCAGGGCUCACCCCAAACUUCAUGCCCCCACCUUGAAGAGAUGUAUUCCCAUUCACAGCAGCUAUAUGCACGAUUUUAAAAAUAUUUUGAGAUUAUAGAAUGGCCUAAAAAUCUGCACAUCAUUUGGGAAAAUCAUGAUGAGCCUCUUUUUUCAAACACAACCAUCCUCAGGGACAAGGAACCUUUUGAGGAACUCAUUGCAUCUCGCCCUCAGGGACCAGAGUCUAAAUUAAGGCCCAAAAAGGCCGAUGCUUCAAGUCGUGUACCACUUAAUUGAUAAAACAGUACUCUAGUAUCGAUAUAUGACCAUGUUAAGAUAAGGAGAGAACUUCUUUCUUUGUUUGAUGACAUUAAAAGUUUGGCGAGUGCAGACAACAAUGGGCUGAAGGAAGCUUUUAUUUCCUUUAAAAAGUAGUCCCAGGACUUAAAUUACCAGGAACUUGUUGACCGAAGUAACAAGUAAUCUCACUGUACGCUCUACACCCUAUUUUGUAUCUAGUUGUUCUCCAGCUGUCUUCAUCAAAUUAACUGACCUGACCCAAGAUUAGAUCACUCUAAUGAUCAGCAACAUGCAUGUAUGACGGGUCUGUGCAUCGUUCCUGGUUCUUAAAAAGUGAGCAUCCCCAAUACUCAUAAUGUUAAACACCGGAGUUAUUCAACGCAUCCGCAGCGAACCCCAGGCACUAGCAUGUUCAAAGUUGGUAUUUUGUGUCAUACCCAUUGCUCAGAUUGUCAUCGGUGCAAUACAUCUGGAUGACUGUCCGCGGCAGCACUACAUCCCCAUCUAUCUGAUCGUGGUGGGAGUCUUUGGCCUGGUGCUGGCGGCGCUCUCCUGCCAGCCCUCCGCCAGUACCCCCGAAGACGGCACCCCCAACCCACUCAGUCGAUUCUGCAUGACCUGGAACUCGUUGACAUCUUUGUUCCUCUUCUGCUGGUUCAUAGCUGGUGAGUUUAAACAGCGGCGGGCUGACGAAGGAGCUCACAGGAGGGAAGCACGACCAAAGACAAGUGCAAGUUGUAGUAACGCGUGUUGGCCAUUAGAUGUCCAUCUAUGUCUUCCAUAGAGGCCCACUGCCUUUUUAGAAUUGACACGGCUGCACACAGACCUCUGACAUGUAAAGGGAGUUAAAAAAACUGGAAAUGAGGAUGUUGAAAGGAAACGCACUCCUUCUCUAAAAAAUCAGCUUAAGGAACUAGCCCAAUGAGGUUCAUUAUACAUCUUUUGAA